CUUUGUUAUUUUUUCAACACACUUGUACAAAAUUUAAUUUGCAAGUUUUUUUUUCAUUUGUUUCACACUGUUACUUUUUCAGGUCGCGCAAUGUUGUUAGCAUCAUUAUUUCAAUAUAAAAUAUUAUAAUUUUUUACUAGAGCACUAAAAACAAAUACGAUGUAUUAAAUAAAAAUGUUUAAUUUAUGGCAAUUUCAUUUUAAGACCUCUUAUACUGCCCGAGUCGAUUGUGCAAAGUGGUCUUUAACGUAUCUACGCCGUAAUAUUCGAACUUUAUGUUACAGAUUCUUACAUACCGGCUGCGAUUUCGAGCCGAGGACCAAUAAAAACUCUAAAGGACCGUUUAACCGGGCGUCAACUCGUAUAUAUAUAGCUCCAGCUGUGACGACUUCGCCUGAUACCAAUAACACAAAUACUAUUGCAGUAAAAGGAAAAAUCAAUCAUGUAACAAAUCAGGCCAAUAUGAACACAACAGAUUCAAUGGAUUCAGACGAGAAUAAAAAACAGGCGUCGAAAGUUAAUCAUAGCCAGCAGUUCUACUCAAAACAAGAUAUAGUAGAACAGUAUUGCCUUAACGAUAAACAACUACAAGUAUUAAACAGGGUCAGACAACCACCAGCGUUGUUCGGAUGCAUAUCCAGCCACAGAGAAUCUUCUUACAAUACCAGAAGCUCUCCAAACCUAUUAACAGCAUGUGUACGUCGAAGAAUACCGAGUGACGAAAACUUACACGAACUGUAUAAAAGGCUGCCAGCUGAUUGUGCCCCGUAUCCACAAUGGACCCGAUAUCACCACUGCCACCCUGAUGUGUUCAAUGUGCAUCAUUGUCACCAAUCUAGCGAAUCACUUCCUCCACCUCCUUCUAUAAGUCAAAAGUCUUCGUAUAUCAGAAGACAUAAGUGUUGGCCGCCAGAGGACGAGGAUUUUUCCCACAAAUCAUUUCAUGCAACUUGUCAUGGACGAUUAUCAGGAAUAUGUGAUUACACCGAAUUUCACCAUUGUAUCCCUCAUUGUUUACCGCCACCUCCUCCACCACCCAGCUCAAUUUCAAGAAUGAGACACGUGAGCUUUGCCAGAUCUCAUACAGUGAAUUCAUUUGAUAACGUCUCUCUUAAAUCAGCAACUAGUAGCAAAUCAUUGGAAAGGUUAAUAGAUGGUAAAAAAACGCCGGAUCCUGUUGUUUGUUUCGAACCACAAAAAGUUAUAGUUUUAGAAAAAAAAAUUUGUGCUCAAAAAGUUCAAGCAACACAAACUGAUGGAGUUAAAUCAGGAAGUCCAGCUACUCCACAUAAAGUAAAAUUAGUGUCACAAAAGAUACCACUAAAAAAAAUAGAGCACUCAGUAUUGCAGACACCAGUGAAAAAAUAUCCUAGAUCCUUAGCAGAACACAGCGGAAAUGAAAUUUUGAUCGAUUUUGAACCCAAAGACCCACCAUAUAGAAGAAAACAAAAGGUUCCACUACAAAAAACUGUAUCUGAUGGAGAGAUUCUUAUAGGAGACCUAUCAAAAAAAAAAAAAAAAAAAAAAAAAAAAAAAGAAGAUAUCGAAACGUCAGUUUCUGAUGGUGAACAAUGCUACAAAAAUUUAGUUGCAGCUUCUUUUAAUACUGAAGAAUCUGUAAAAUGUUUUUAUGAAAAUGAAAGCAUUAUUCGUAAUGAAUUUUAUAAAUCCAAGAGUAGCGUUUGUCUAUCGGAUUCUCCAAAUAAGUAUAGAGUAAAAACACCUUCAUCCUCCAAUGAACUGGAACCAAGUGAUCUAUCGCAAGAAACUGUGUUACAAUUUGAAAAAGGAUCUAAAAAAAUUGAGGUUAAGAGUACUAACUGUAACGGAAUUCAGAAAAAAAUUAUUAGGUACACAGAACUGCCUUUACAAUCUUCAGAUCUACUUGAACAGAGAAGUUAUACAUCAACAGGUUCUGAAUGUAAUACAAGCAUAGCUAAUGUAGAACAUUCUGAAGUAUCUACAUCAACAGAAGACUUUGUUACAGCAACUGAUAGUACAUCUUACACAACCACACCUACUCAAGGGCCAUCAGUUACUAGUAGCACUUUCGAAAGCGAUUCUUCAAAAUAUAGUUUACCGCAAAACAUUUUCAAUCAUGAUUUUUUUCAAGUAUCACUCGAUACAACUAAUCCAAUCAACGAAGAACCAAGUGAUGAAGAUUCAAGUGAUGACGAAAGUAGCACAUCAGGAAGUUACAGUGUAAAAUGCAGUAUUGAGAAUAAAAAGAGCUCUACGUCAUCAGACGAGAACAUAGAAAUGAAACCAAAAUCCAUCUUAAAAUUCGCUAAAUCGAUUCCAAAGAUCAAAUUAGUGAAUUCGGAUAUAAAGAGAUCAAUAGACACAAAAAAUAUCAAUGGCAUGAAGAAAUUAAUAAGUAACAUAAGAGCAUCAGUACUAGAUUCUUCGGAUGAAUCAUUCAUAGGACUAGAGAGUCGAAGACCCAGCUUAAGAAGAAAAAGUGUAGGAUCAAUAGCUCAAACAAACUCAAUCGAAAAAAAAAUAGUAAUAGAAAAUAUAGAUAAAAGAAGAGAAUCUCUACCCGAUAUUAAUCAAAAGUUUACAAAUGCAACUUUAGCAAGAAAAUCUAAAACUAGAGAAAGUUUUAGGUGUUUUUUACAAAUGAACCACAAAGAUAAUUCAAAUUUAAAAGCUGUAAGUGCUGAGUCAUUACGAUCAAUUAGUCCAGGAAGCGAUUCAGUUUUUUACAGCGAUCCAAGUAAUCGAGUAUCUAUAACACCUAGAUAUCUUAGAUGCAACAUUGAAGUAGACACAGAAUAUAACAAAAAUUCAAAUAAUGAAAUUGUAGAAAUUUUUAAGCCACCUGAAGGUUUUGAAGAUUCUCCUGACGAGCCCCCUGUUACGUCAAUAAUACGGUUAAAUAAACGUCACCGAUCAGAACAAAGAAAAAGAAGUAGUCGUCCAGAACAAAUUAGAGCUAAAUCAGAAGAAAGAGUGAAGAGUUACAAAGAGUGUAGAAGACCAACGGUUAGAUCAACUAAUGUGAGUAUGGAAAGAUUAAACGGGAGUAGCUCAAGUCUUCACUCGGACGAUGACGACUGGUCUGGGGUUUAUACGACACCUUUUACAUCAUUUUCUUGGGCACAUAUCGAUGAACUAGAAGAAUAUUAUGUUUGGAAAAGGCCAAUAGAUUUACCAGAUAAUCAAUACGAACCGGAAUUAAAAAGAAGAGAUUCAUUAGAAUCAACGUGUUCCGAACAUGAAUUUAGGGUAAAAUAUCAAACAAUAACUCAUCGAAUAGUGCAUAGAAAAUCAAGUUUGGAAAUGUUUAAAAGGUUAUCUUCAAAAUCAUUUGACAGCGAUAAAAGGCUUAUAGUAAAACGUGAAUCUGGAGGAUUUGGUUUUCGCAUACAUGGAGCUAAGCCUGUUGUAGUAUCAGCUAUUGAAUCAGGUACAGCAGCUGAAAAUUCUGGUCUACAAGUGGGUGACAUAAUCAUAAGUAUCAACAAUAUAUGUGUGUUGGACGCUUCGCACUCCGAAUUUGUUAGUGUAGCACACAGUGGUUCAGAUAUUUUGGAAUUAGAAGUAGCAAGAACUUGUGAUGUUCUCAUGCCCAAAGUUGAUCUUUCAAAAUUAAAAAGCCACAUUGUUAUAUCUAGUGUAUUAUGGAAAUUCAGCAUUGGUACAAAAAAAAUGAAAAAUUGCUGGCAACCAAGAUAUUUUUGUCUAAAAACAGACAACUGCCUGUACUACUAUAAAUCAGCAUCACUUAAAAAAGACCGACACCCUUUGGGAGUUUUAAAUUUGAAAGGAUUUACCAUAAUACAAACUUCGGAUACAGGAAGAUUAUACAGCUUUCGAUUAGAAAAAAGAAAUUACAAAAAAACCAGACUUCAUAUAGCAGCAGAUAGCCCCGAAAACGCUGAUCGUUGGUUUAAAGCUCUAAACGAGGCUAUUAAAAGCCCUUCUCUAGAAUGGCUUAACGAAGAUAACUUACAAACUAUAAUAAAUAUUAACACACAAUCGGAUUGUCAGGGUUUCCUCUCGACUUUAGUUCAUCAUUGUGGCAAAUCAUGGAAAAAAUAUUAUUGUGUAUUAAAAGAUGCAAGAUUAUAUUUUUUUGUUGACAGUGCCGCUCGUUUUGCAAAUGGAAUGGCAUGUCUUCAUGGCUAUAAAGUGCAAAGCUCUAUUAAUACCAAUAUAAAAAGAUUUGCAUUUGAACUUAUACCGCAAGACUUAUCAUUCAGAUAUUUCUAUUUUUUUACUGAUACUGAAAUAGAUAAAAGAAGGUGGAUUGCAGCUUUGGAGUGUAGUAUAGACCGAUGGAUCAACAUAACAUGAUAAAAAUUUGAUUAUAAUAAUACUAUAUUAUUAUUUCAGAAUAGAAACAAAAAAAGACAUUUUAGUGUGCAAUAAUAUAAUAUUAAUAAGAAAAAUUAUAUAUAUUUUUAUUAAUAAUUUAUAGAAGUUUUUUUUAAUUAUUUACAAUCUGAAAAUUUUAUAAAAAUAUUGUUGAAAAUUUUAUCUUAACUUUUAAGUGAAUGAUGUAAAUUCCUAAACAAAAAAACACCUUGAAUUAAUAAAAAGAAAGAAAUUGAACUUUUCAUUUUAAUAACCUGAUUCAUAUCUUAUCUAUGAAGAUACAUUCUUAGUAUGUAUCUUAGUGAACUUGUAUUUCCCACUUCAAUUAUUAUAAAAAUUACUCACACAACACAAUUCAUAAAAUGUUUAUAAAAAAUAAUACAUAAAAUGUAAAUAUACGGGUACUUCUACUUAGUUUACAUUACCAAUAUUUAAAUUUAUAUUAAUAUGAAUAUUAGAACAUAUUUUAUGUACGUACUACUACGUAUAAUUAUAAAUUUGAGUGAAUGAAUUGCCUUGAUCUUUACAUGAAACUAACCAGAAGCAUCAUUUUAGUUUUUUCAUAACAUGGGUAAACUUAAAGUCUGAUCAUUUUCAAACAUAGCCUCAAGAAUGGAUCUAGAAAAAUUAUUUGAAGAAGAGAUUUAUCUAAUGUAUUUUAACACAGAUUAAUUCAGAGGUGAACUUUUAGAUUUUACUUGGAUGGGGCAAAUUAUUGACCAACCAAUCAUUUCACAAUGAUGUUCGCUUUACUCACGAAUUAUUUCCUAACAAUCCAACCCUAUAACAUUUAAUGUAAAAAUUAUCACGACAGAACUUUUAGAACCACAAAGAAUAUAAUAUACAGAGUAAUUCAGACUAACUAAAAAUGCUUAUACCUUUUGAUACAAUUAUAAUUUUGUUGAAAUAUUUUCAAAAUUAAUUAUUGACGACUUAUACUACGUUCAAAGCAUAUUUUUAUUAAUUAUUACUAAUAAAAAAAAAAUAAAAAUGAAAAUUUUAUUUUAAAUUAUUCUUUUAAUUUUAAAAUAAUUAUUUCUAGUUCUUUCCUUACAAAAAAUUUUAGAACAAAUAUUCAAUGAGUUGCAAACAUUUUAAUACAUAAAGUGGGUAUCGAUAGAGAUAUGUAAGAAAGGAUAUUGAUAUUCACAGAUAGAGUUUAUGUACACUAGUUAUACAGUAGUAUAAUAUGAGGGUGGUGCAUCUUGUAUUGAUGUACGUCACAUGUAUGCAACGGCGCUCUAUAACCACAUUAUGUAUUAAAAUUCUAGUAACUCAAUGAAUACUUAUUUUAAAAUUGUUAUUGACUAAUCAACAACUCAAUUUUUUGUAAAAAAAAAAAAUAUCAAAAU